GCGGUACUUUAGAAUGAUUUUACAUCCAUGUCUUUUUUUGAAAAAAAUGAAGAAUCAAUGGGAUUAAAGCUUUAAGAAUAAUUCGCAAAAUUUCAUAUAGGUUCUAUAAAUUAGUGUGUAGCUGGACAUUCAUCUGAAAUCAAACUUGCAUUUAAAACUUAACAGCAGUAUACUCAAAAGUUUGAGUUUCUGUAACUCCUCAAGCAAGGCUUGACGAAAUUUGACGAUAUUUUUACAAACUAUAGUAAAGGUUCCGAAUCAUUUUGUGACUCCGCAUGCCGGCUAACUUUUUCCCGCCAAACCUUAUAGAAACUUCUACUUCUUUAAUGACAUUUUGGCUUUAAAUCUCCAAUUUGAGCUUUUAUAAGCAUCGUUUAUCGUACUUUGUUAUUGAAUACUGUUGAUUUUUGAAACUCUGAACAGUGCAUGGACAAUGGUAUAUCAAUGCAAUGAUACCUAGCUACAAUUUUUGUGGACGCGAUUUACACAAACUAAGUUACCAUGACUUAAAAAACCUAGAAACAUCCAAAUCUUACUAGCUAUUCUCUAAGAUCGAACUAGAGUCGGUUAGCCUACACUCUAGCCACUGCCCCAUUUAUUCUUUUUUGAUGUUAUACAAUCAAAUCCAAUCCAACUUAUUAUGCUUGUUGUAAUGAUUCAUUGCUGUCUCAACAAAUGCUGUUAACAACAUCAACCGCGAAUCUUCGGUACUUAUUAACAAGCAACAAAUUAUAUCCAAGAACUUUGUUUCCACAACGAGUUCAAUGAACCCCUGUUGUUAUUCAAUUUUUCAAAAUUAUAUUAAACCUGCAAGCUAGCACCGUCUUAUCUAAAUUCAGCAUGACACAAUAAUUUUAACCCGGGAGUCACUAAAUCAUUAUCCAAAACAGCACAACAAAAAAUAGCAAUUUCGCAAUCUUAGACCGAAAAUUUUCGGGUUGCAUGUGUGAAUGUUUUAUAUAAGAUCUAGCUACAACCACUAAGUAGAGUAAAAAAACAGUAAUUGAACAAGCCACAAAAACAGACGCAAAACAAAACCCAAAAAAAUGAAGUAAUUGACCAACAUUUCUUGAGAGAUAUAAAAAGCAAUUCUUUUCACUUUAAUUGGCAGACAAGUUUUGGACGUUUGACAGUGCGCGACAACUCUAUGUAGGCAUGAGACUUUGGAUUAUUUUUAUAUUUUUUGUGAUUGUGCAAUUGGGAUUAUCGGAAUGUUUGACAAUUUACAAUCAGGCACAGAAAAAGAAGCCUAAAGAUGAAAUUGAAUCUCACAAAACUGAAUUAAAAAAGCAUGGAAAGAAUGCAACUGGUGAUAAAAAAUCGAGUCAUGAUGAUGAUUUUAAAAAAUAUGGUGCAGCUGAAUAUGACUCGAAUAGGCGAUCAACAAAAGGCGAUGAUGGAGUUGAAAGUUAUAACAAAACAUCAUCAUGGGAGAAGAAGAAAAAGAAGGCACACCAUAAAAAGAUAGGAGAUGAAGCACGGAAAAGUAAGAGCCACGAGAGUUCUUAUCAUAAAGAUCCAGAUUAUUAUGAUGACAGUGAAGAGAUUCAAGAAGUGGAAGAAAAAAUUGUGAGUAAUAAGAAACAUGAUCAUGAAGAUCAUAAGCCAAUGAAAGAAGGAAAGAUCCAGCAAAAAAAACCGUCAACAAAUAAGAAAAGUAGCAGUUCAAAAGCUAAAGAUUCAAAAAAUAAAGUCAAUAAAUCCAAGAAUAGCAAAAAUCACAAAUCACCGCACAAAAGUCACAAAAAAUAUUCAGAAAAACAUGAGAACAGCAAGAAACCUAGAAAAAUUUCUAAGUCUAAAAGUAAUUUAAAGGAUCCACAAAAUUAUCAUCCAAAAGAAAAGCACAAUAAGGACAGAAAAUUAGACAAAGAGCACCAUGAGCAUCAAAGCUUACAUAAUCAUGACGCAACACCAAAUAAAGUUCACAAAGUUCAUCAGUAAACACAUAUUUUACAAAUCAUUACUCCAUCAUGGAGAUACUGGAACUAUAUAAACAAAAAAAAAGAUUCUUAAACUCACCAAAAAGAGCAUCAUUGCCAAAAAUUUCAACAAUUACAGCAUCAAAAGUUCCAUUUGCUAAAAUUUUCUGCACAUUUGGAUGUGACAAAAGGAACUCGACACGUUUUUCAAUUAUUUGAGACAUGACAACGAAAUUUGUGUAAAGCGUGAUUUCAGCUAAUUUAAAUGCAUCCACAUGAACUGUAUAGAAAAAUUUAUAAUGUGAUAAAAUUGCAUUUUUGUCUAUAAAUAAAGUAAUUCAACCUUCUUCUCGAUUGUCGAGUAUGACAUUUUCAACAUUUUUGUGUUCAAACUUGUGUGGACUUAUAAUUGUUAUUUUAUGACCCUUAUCCGCUAAUGUCUGCACAACUGAUCGACCGAUAAAGAAGUGACUUUUAUAAUCCAUCGGAAAUACCGCAAGAAUAUUUGAUGCAUUUAUUAUAUUCACAGAAAAUAACGCGAAAAUUAAAAUAAUCUUAAUUUGCAUGUCUACGAUUUAAGCUCAC